AUGGCUCCUACUCAGGUUCUGGGGGGCCCAUUCCUUCUCCUGUUUCUGGGCGUCUUGCACUGCGGAUGCGAGCUGUCGGCCAGGACUAGUAGCACUGCUGAUGAAAAAGCCAACGCCGAGGGGAUUUCUCACGGGAGAGUGAGGAGAGGCUGGGUGUGGAACCAGUUCUUUGUGGUGGAAGAAUACACAGGAACGGAGCCGCUCUAUGUCGGAAAGAUCCACUCAGACUCGGACGAGGGCGACGGCUCCAUCAAGUACACUAUCUCUGGGGAGGGAGCAGGUACCAUCUUCAUCAUCGAUGAGAUCACGGGGGACAUCCAUGCUACCGAGAGACUGGAUCGUGAGGAGAAGACUUACUAUACCCUCCGGGCACAGGCCAGGGACCGCCUAACUGACCGGCCACUGGAACCCGAGUCUGAAUUUGUUAUCAAGGUGCAGGACAUCAACGACAGUGAGCCCAAGUUCCUAGAGGGACCCUACAUUGGAAGUGUGCCUGAAUUGUCUCCCAUUGGCACGUCAGUGAUGAAGGUAACGGCAUCUGAUGCAGACGACCCAACAUAUGGCAGCAGCGCAAGGGUGGUGUACAGCGUGUUGGACGGAGAGAAGUUCUUCACUGUGGACAGCCAGACAGGAGUGAUCCGGACCGCAGUGGCUGACCUGGACCGAGAGACCCAGGACCGAUAUGAGUUGGUCAUCAAGGCAACUGACAUGGCCGGCCAAAUGGGUGGUCUCUCCGGGUCGACCACAGUGACCAUAGUGAUCACUGACGUCAACGACAACCCUCCACGCUUCCCACAGAAGAUGUACCAGUUCUCCGUGUCCGAGAGUGCGGCGGUGGGCACCCCGGUGGGCCGGGUGAUGGCCACAGACGCCGACAUGGGGGAGAACACGGACAUGACGUACUUGAUCCGUGACGAGGAGGGCGGAGAGCUGUUCCGCGUGGCCACCGACGGGGAGACGCAGGAGGCAGUCAUCACCAUCCAGAAGCCUCUGGACUAUGAGAGCAAGCGGACCCACAACGUUGUGGUGGAAGCCAUCAACAAGCAUGUGGAUCCGCGCUUUGUGGACCUGGGCUCCUUUCGCGACCAGACCAUUGUCCGGGUUAGCGUGUCCGACGCAGAUGAGCCACCUCUCUUCCGCCCACCAGAGGGAGCUGUGAUGGAGGUGCAGGAGGAUGCCAGGGUGGGGGCACUGGUGGGCAUCGUGACUGCCGUGGACCCUGACAUGGAAAAUGCCCCCAUCAGGUACGCUAUUGACCGGGUCACGGAUCAGGAGAAGAUAUUCAACAUCGACACCGUGACGGGUGCCAUCACACUGGGGAAGAUCCUGGACAGGGAAACUGCGGGGUGGCACAACAUCACCGUGACGGCUGUGGAAGCAGAUAACCUCUCUCAGGUCUCGCAGACCUCUGUCAGCAUCCGCAUCCUGGAUGUUAAUGAUAACCCCCCUGAGCUGGCCACCCCCUACGAGGCCUCCAUCUGCGAGGACGCCAAGCCCGGACAGCUCAUUCACACCAUCAGUGUGGUGGACCGGGACGAGCCCCAGUCUGGACAUCGCUUCUACUUUACCCUGGCGCCGGAGGCAGCCAACAACCGCCACUUUACACUCUGGGAUGUGAAAGACAACACGGCGGGCAUCAGGACCCAGCGUGCUGGUUUCAACCGUCAGGAGCAGAACGUGUACCUGCUGCCCAUCCUGGUGGUGGACAGCGGGCCCCCAGCUCUCAGCAGCACGGGAACGCUGACCAUCCACGUGUGCGGCUGUGACGCGGACGGCGCCAUCCAGUCGUGCAACGCUACGGCCUACGCCGUGUCGGCGGCACUCAGCCCGGGGGCGCUCAUUGCCUUGCUCGUCUGCCUGCUCAUCCUCAUCGUCCUGGUGCUGCUGAUCCUAACACUGAAGCGGCAGCGCAAAGGCCAGCGUAUGUCUGAGGACGAGGAAGACAUGCGCGACAAUGUCAUUAAGUACAACGACGAGGGCGGCGGGGAGCAGGACACGCAGGCGUACGACAUGAGCGCCCUGCGCAGCCUCUAUGACUUCCCCGAGGUGAAGGCCUCCGAGUCGGGGCCAGACCUGCGCUCGCUGCCCCAGUGGAUCCAGAGCGGGUCGGCGGACUUCUCCCUGUUCCGCGGCUACAUCCGCAAGAAGGUGGAGCAGGCGGACGGCGACUUGUCGGUGCCGCCUUAUGACUCCUUCCAGACGUAUGCCUUCGAGGGUUCCAGCUCCCCUGCCCUCUCCCUCAGCUCCAUCCACACUCUGUCCACCGCCUCCGAGCAGGACUUCUCCUACCUCAGCGACUGGGGGCCCCGCUUCCGCCAGUUGGCCGGCUUCUACGCGCCCGCACACAGCGAGGAGGAGGGCUCCUAGCACCCUCGGCCGCCCCUCGAACCCCACGCCCAACGAUCCACUGUGCUCGCGACCCCGCCAGCCCCGUUCCGAUGAGUCCAGCCACCAUA